AUAUUACCAAGCAUUUCGGGUUCAGUUUUAACCCUAAAUGCUCCAGGUAUGACGUCGGUGUCAGUAGAUCUUGCACGUAUUCCUGGAAAAAGUUUUCAAACAGCAGUAUGGGGUUUAACAGUACCUGCUUGCGAUUGUGGAGAAGAAGCAGCCAAAUGGUUGUCACGUUUUCUUCUUCAAGAAGACGUCGGUUUUCGUUUGGUCUAUUAUCCGUUAGAUCGACCAGUGAGAGAAAUACAAGAUAAGAACAAGAUUUUCCCCUUGCUUGAGAAAGCUGAUAGCGGUGCUUAUCCUGAUGAAACCAGCUAUCAUCUUAUAAAUUACUCAUCAAUAAUGGAUUUAAAUUCUCGAUUGGAAGAAUCGAUAACUUCGUCGUAUUUUCGACCGAAUUUUGUUGUGACAGGUGCGAACGUUUACGAAGAAGAUAGUUGGGAUUGGGUUAAGAUCGGAGACGUUGUUUUCAGAAAUGUUAGACCUUGUACUAGAUGUACUUUAACUACGAUUAAUCCUGAAACCGGCACUAAAAGUCCUAAGGUUGAACCUUUAAAGACUUUGAAAAGCUAUAGGCAAAUUGUGGAUCCAAUAAUUCGUCCCUAUAUAGGUGAGGCUCCGGUUAUGGGAAUUCAUCUUGCUUUGAGAGGAACAAGUGGUAUCAUACGUUUAGGUGAUCCAGUUUACGUAGAUAUUCCGUAGGAAGAGAAAGCACCUGUAAUAUCACUACCAUCAUAGGAUGAAAAUAUCUUUAACGAAGAAAACUUUCUAGUAGGAAAUCAUAACUAAUGACGUGAUCAAAUGAAAAGAAAUCGAUAUAAAUAAUUUUCCCUGCUUUUUUUUCCUUAUUUAUAUUUUAUUUAGGAAGAAAA